AUAUAUUUAAAGAAAAAAGAGAAAUUGUCAAUACCAUUUUUACCCUCUGGUUUCUCCAUUUCCCCUUCGUCAAUCUCUCUCCUCGAAAACCGCUUCUCUCUGUUCCCUCCAGUUUCUCCGAUCAAUCCCUUCCCCCAAUUUUCCUUUGCUUCGCUGCUUCAAGGUAUUAUGAUAUCAAUGGUGAUUUUGUUUCAACUCCACUUGGCCUAGAGAGUUCGUUGAGGUCGAUGUUCACACACACAGACCAGAUCCUAAGUAAAUCAUUUGGCAUUGUCCCUUUGAGCGCCAAAGGAAAUCUUUAAAUUAUCCGGCUACUUAUGCAGUGGUGCAAAAAUGACCAUGAGGUUGGUAGGAAAAUAUCUUAAUCUGUCGUCAAUUGAUAAGAAUUUUCUGAACUGCAGUAAAAUUGGUUUCCAUCCUCGAGUUUUGCAUAAUGGUCCUGACACUGUAGAAGAACUCUUAGACAGACAUGUGGUUAAGAAAGAAAAGUCCUUGGAUGAUGAUGCUGAUAAAUUGAUAACACAGCGACGUCUCACCAGCACUCGACGUGAGGCUCUAAGCCUCUAUAGAGACAUUCUACGGGCAACUCGAUUCUUUAUGUGGCCAGAUUCUAAAGGUGUCUUGUGGCGAGAUGUCCUCAGGCAGAAUGCACGGAAGGAGUUUGAGGAUGCACGCUUUGAGUCUGAUCCAGAAAUAGUGACCCGACUUCUGAUUGGUGGGCGUGAUGCAGUGCAGUCGGCACUUGACAAGCUUGCCGAGAAACAGAGGAAGGAGAUUGAUAAGAAACAAAGUGGUCGAGAUCAACUCUGAUUUAUAAUAUGGUAAAUUCUUAUCUCAUCUGCUAUUGCAAUUGAAAAUGAAGUUUGGGCGAACACUUUGUUGUGCUGUAUUUGGUUCUAAUUAAUUAAGAGGGUAUUUUACAUGUAAAAUUAUAUUAAAUUUUUUACCAUUUUCCAUGAUGACGAUUGGGCUACAUCAGAAAUCGAAAUAGUUUUUUUCUUUUAA